UUUACAGGAAGUGUUAACAUUUUGUUGAACCAGCUGAUAGCCAAAUUGUCAACAGUUAAACCUGCGGUACCUGCGCUGCUGAAACGACGCUGUUUUACGACAGAACAAGAAGAGGUCAAGACAUCAUCAGCGAGACUCAACCACUGUCGGUUUGGGAGGUAGCGCAAGUGACCGAUAAUCCCAGAAGCAGCUGUCUUGGCUCCAGGGAGGAGGCCCAGCCGCCCUGCUGUCGGUCGGUAUGAGCUCCAGAGGGGGCGGCGGCCGCUCCAACGGCACACUUCCACAGACCAAGAUCUGCCAGUUCAAGCUGGUGCUGCUGGGCGACAUGGCCGUUGGCAAGUCUAGCCUGGUGCUGCGAUUCGUCAAAGGACAAUUCGACGAGUUCCAGGAGACGACCAUCGGAGCUGCCUUCCUGGCUCAGUCGGUGUGUCUCGACGACACCACAGUGAAGUUUGAGAUCUGGGACACUGCAGGACAGGAGCGAUACCACAGCCUGGCUCCGAUGUACUACCGCGGAGCUCAGGCUGCCAUCGUCGUCUUCGACAUCACCAAACCGGAGACGUUUGAGAGAGCCAAGGCCUGGGUGAAGGAGCUGCAGAGGCAGGCCAGUCCUAACAUUGUUAUCGCCCUGGCUGGAAACAAGGCCGACCUGGCAGAGAAGAGACUGGUAGAAUACGAGGAAGCCCAGACGUACGCUGAAGACACCGGCCUGCUCUUUAUGGAGACUUCUGCCAAGACCGCCAUGAACGUCAAUGAGCUCUUCCUGGCCAUUGCAAAAAAGAUGCCAAAAACAGACACCCAAAACCCGACACAUGCAGCGCGGCAUCGGGGAGUGAACCUCCAGGACCCUGACGCCCACUCGACCCGAGCCUGCUGCGGUGGGAACUAGACGUCCAUGAGCCCCACCUGUACUCCACCAUCCACACCACCACGGCCCUUCAGUCAUCUCGUCUCCUUCAACCAACGUACGGGGGUGAGCCUGAUGCAGCCCCUCUGCCCUGCAUUCAUCCUCCUGUCUGAGCAGACAGAAAUUCAGACGAGAGAAUAUAGAGAAAGAAAGAGAUGGAGACACGAUGUUUCACACCUGUGUCUGCUGACAACAGCUCAGAUUCUGCAUGUGGAGGUAAAGUGAAGACUGAGAUUGAGAGGAGGAUGAUACAGAAUGUGGAAGACAGUGGUAAGCCUGUUGUAGUAUUUAGCACUAAUUGUGAAAUUUCUUUGGUUUUCACUCUGCCUUGCGUCAUUUCAGCCCCGAUUGCGUAAAAAGGCACAAACUGAGCAGCACACGCCGGCGAGUGGCUGGAGAAGCCAAUCGCUUAGGCUGCUUUCUCCUUCUCCUGCUUGCUUUGCCUCCUUGUAGCCCCAAGUCGAUCAAAUCCUGCUGUGAAUAAUGCCACAUGUUGAACCCCUGGAAUGAUUUUAACCCCCUAUUUUUCCUGCCUGACCAGAUACGACCCGCCAUGGCACAGUUUAUCCAGCAAACGCCAAUAUUUAUCGCCCACCUUUUGAAAUUCUCUUGAUGCUGGCUGCGAUGCUUCUUUAGUGUGGAUAGAAACUCAGAGUGGGUUUGUGAAGCAAACAUUUAAACAGGUUUUACUUUUUUUUUUUCUCAUUGAUAAAUUUGGCCUGACAGAUUUUCAUGAAAGUUUGAGAUGCAGUGUGUGAGUGCUAAAAUGGAGGCAACAAUAUAGACAGGAUAUGGCGUGCGUGAUUAUAAUACGAGGUGUGAUCAAAAAGUUCAGACUGCACGAAUAAAGAUUAAAAAAUAAAAAUAAAUAAAUAACAUACCGGAUUUAAAUUUAGACAGCGUCAUCGUGGAAGUAGUGUUUUUGUGCAGCGACGCACUGCUCCCAGCACUCCUGCAACACCAGAAGCGCUCCUUGGAAGUCCUGUUACGUGAACACAUCAAGCACUCCAGGUAGAAUCUGGUUUGUGAAGCAAACAUUUAAACUGGUUUUGCAUUGUUUCUCAUUGAUAAAUUUGGCUUGACAGAUUUUCAUGAAAGUUUGAGGUGCAGUGUGUGCGUGCUAAAAUGGAGGCAACAAUAUAGACGUGAAUAUGUGUGAAUAUAAUAUGAAGUGUGACCGAAAGAUUACAACUGUGCCUGUAGAAAAUCAAAAACUGUACCUAGUUUAAUUUUGUGCAGUGAUACUCUGCUCCCAGUGCUCCUGCAGUACUUGUAAUGCUCCCUGAAGUCCUGUUCUAGAAGCAUGUCGAGCAUCAUUUGUGAUGAGUGCUGAAUGUCAAAACGGCCACCCUUCAACUUGAGUUUUAUUUUAGUAAAGAGAAGAGCAGGGAGUUAAAUCUGGCGAGUAGGGUGGGUAGAGUGCGACAAAUUGUAUUGUUGUGACCAAAAAACUUCAGCAUCGCACUGCAGUUUAGGUUGUUUGUGCUGAAUGUUCUCCGGGAGAUGCCUCAGGACGUUACGGUAGAACUCUUGUGUUGACACUCCGACUAUGGGGGAAGAACUCACAGCGCAAAACCACGAAAAUGUCAAAGAAAACUGCAUGCAGCUUCUUCCACUGUGAAAACUGCUGUUUCUUCUCCUGAUGGUAGCUGCAGACCCACCUCUGGUCACCAUGACGAUCAUCCACAUGACAAUUCGAUCAUCCAGCUGCUGAAUGUGAAGGUCUGAGCUACUUCAGGUGAAGUCACAACUCCUUUAAUAUAGGUGCUGAUGUUGAUCAGUCUCUUGACUCGUGACAGUAACUGCUCGCUCAUGUUGCAUGCACGUGAUCGCGACAUGUUCUGUGCACACACACCAUUAACAGUACUGGAACUUUUUGAUCGCACCUCGUAUUGCCACGUAUGAAACCAUUAGCUGUAGCUCAUUUCACGUCUGUAGCAGAGUCCCUCAAACCCAAAGAGAGUAUCAAUGCAAGAUUUACUAAGUUCCUUUUCAGAUUAAAUAUCUUGUUCUGAUUGGUAACAGGAAGUGAUGGGGUUGACUUAAUGGUGGAAAUGGAGGUGAAAAUAUCGCCCAAACAUGGAUGUUAUGUUGGAGGUGGGCGUGGAGGAACUGCGUGGCGCCAAAAACUGAUGGCUGCCCACGGGAUUGUUAAAUCUGCAUUGCCCAGUUUAUAUACAGCUGCCUUUAUCUGAGUCCAACAGUCAUAAAAAUAUUAUCUCUUCAUGUCUCUGCAUUAUCUUAGCUGCUCUUUGCCCGACAUUACAAACAGGUCAGUCCAUUUACCAGCUGCAAGAAAGUGAUUACAGCCCCAACACUGUGACUGACAUGUUAUUAACCCUCUGAACCCACAAGGAGCUUCUGGGUGUUAUUUGCUCCUGUUGAAUAUUUUAUUUUAUUUUUUCUGUGGGUUCACUUUCCAUGCAAAAUAAAUCCUGGGUCUCUAUGGAAACAGACAGAAAUGGAAAAAGACAGAACUCAGAAAUGUCUUAUGUGAAAUAUAAGACAGUUAUAAUAUCACAAAAAAAGAUACAAAAGUUUUAAUUUCUUUGAUUAGGUAUUUUACAAAACAUUUACAGCCUUUUUCCAAGGACCAUGCUGUAUUUAUUUUAUUGAUUUUUGUUUCUUUUUUACAGAAUGUGGUGCAAACUAGUUAUUUUUAGCGAAUCCUAAAUUGAGAUGUGUAGAAUUAAAAAAGCUAUUACGAUUUUUGAGCCUAGAUUUUGUUAAUUUUUCUGACAGAACUGCACAUCACACAUAAUUAGUUAAAGGACCGACUGAAGGAAAGUUCAAAAUUUGAAUGUGCUGUGUGUUUUCACAGUUUCUGAUGUCAUUGUGAUAUUUUUUUUUGUAAAGAUAACCUUCUACAGCUGCUGUUUGGUUUUAGGGUUCAGAGGGUUAAUGCAUGAAAACGACUUGACUUCAUUACGUCAUGUUUUAAAGCUCAUAGGAUGUUUGCAAAACAGCUGAUUCCUUUAUUUCAAUAUAUUAAACUCAUUUUGCAAACAUUAAUUACAGUCUAGUUUUCAAAUAUGAACCAAGAUAUCAGACAAACCAGACACAUACAGCGUAAACAAUCCUAUAGCAUUCCUCAUAAAUGUUAAUUUCUUGGGUCAGAACAAUUUUAAAAAAAAGUUCACCAAGAGCCUUUAUCAUCAGAGUAAUUAGUGUUGCACGUUGUGACUGUCUGACCUGAUAAAUGCAGCUGUAAAUAGUGACAUAACUGAACUUUCUGGCACAACACCGGUUUGAUAAGUGAACGAGGGCAGAAUGACAAGAAGAAAACAUGAGGUUUGUAAUAAACCUCGGCUCCCUGUAGAAUCCCAUCGUGUGUUUAACGUCUCCUUCAUCUGUCCUGAGGUCGAGUCGUCGGUGAUCUUAGAUGGUUUUAUGGAUUCGUUUGCUCAUAAAACAGAGUUAUGUGUGUGAGUGUGUGUGUGUGUGUGUGCUUGGUGGCUGAAGAAAAAGUAAGAAUUAAUGAAAACACAUAAAAAAAACAGAAGUGCCUACUCCCAGUUUUCUCUCUGUGAAUCUUGUCCGGGGCUUUCUUUAAAGUGUGUGCUUCAAAGUGCAGGAACACCUUUUUCCCUGACAUCGGCUUGUACCAUAACCCAAUAACUCCUGUCAUUAGGCUAAACUGUAUCGGCUCUUUGUAUGGAUGUAAAGAGAUCUUGUCAAAUACACUGUAUGUUACAUAUUGUCUUAAUUUUAAUGAAAGUGUACGUUGAUUUUAGCAGAGCACACUUGUGAACCUGGAAUGGAUCGUUUAACAGACUCUAAUCAAUGUUAUAAAUCUGUUUGAUUUCAACAAA